UGUUUAAGUUAAAAGGCGAAGAACAAUAUUAUAUCUUUUAUUUGUUUCUUGUUUAAGCGAAGUCGUAAUUAAUAAUAAAUGGAUUAUUUUCAACCCAUUAUAAACUGUUUUUCUACGCUUUGUAAUUGUUUACAAUGUUCGGAGGAUUUGAAUAAUCAAGCGUAUGAAACCAACGAGCGUACUCAUCUUUUAGCUGAUCCUGUAAACAGCAGUCCAGCAUUGAGACACACAAGCACUCAUACUGUAAGCAAUGAGUACUCUCAAUCACUUCCAAAAAAAGAUGACCAAAAUGCCCUUUGCCGUAUUUUAGUGCAAAAUACGGCCAUCAAUAUGAUAGAUGUUGGUGCAAUGGAUUCCCAUAAUUUAGAACAUCAAGAAUAUAGCGAUAGGAUAAAAUUAUAUUCGCAACGUCUGCAGCAACAGUGGAGUAAUAUACAACAUCCGGAAAAAGUGCAAACUGGUCUAUUAAAAGAUGUUUCCAAUCCUGAAUACUUUUUAAAGAAAACGGCCAAAAUGGAUGAUUUAUUGCAGAUAAAAUACGCAGUUAAUAAGGCCCAAGCCGCGCUGAUGGAUGUCAAAAUAGAUCACAAAGAAGCUAUUGUUGUGCCUUUCCGUAUACCAUAGUUUUGUGUAAUAAGAAAUUUUCAUAAAAUUAUAAUUUAUAAGUGUAAGAAAUAUGUCAAACAAUAAAAUAUUUUUUGUAAUA